AUGUCCAUAGGAACGCAAUCUCAAACAGAAUCGGCGUAUCUCUCCUCGUCCGUCUCAUCUCUUCAACGGCCGAAGAAGUCAACAUCGGAGAUUUCCAAAACCUAUAAGCAUGCUUCACAGCUCUACCUGACUAGACGUCUAGUCGAGUGCUAUGAAGCCAUACAAUCGGCGAUAAAACCUCUACAGAAGGACGGCAAGGACAAUCAGAAAGGUCAUGUUAGUGCGAGUGAAGACGAUUCCGCUCCAAGAUCUCCAAUCGCGUUGGCAAAUACCAGCCAACGGAUCAAGAUAUGGAGCUUGUAUGCUACUCUACUGAAUGCCAUAGUCGAGCUUGACGACGAGGAAGGAAAGCGGGACUUUGGCAAUAAGCUAUACCGCGAGAUUGUCCGUAAUGUUCAGAGUGGUGAGGUAUGGGAACAGGUAGUCAAGGAUGGAUAUAUGGGAAGAGAGGCCAGUGUCGAUGCCGAAGUCGUCUAUAACCUAUCAAAUCUCCUCCUUGCGCAAGCACCCAAUCAGUCUGUCAACCAAGCGCGGCUCGAGACAUACCUCUCGUCUUCUCCUCAAGGUAGUAUCGACUUCUCCUCUGCCUUCCAAAAUGGCCACAAGAGUCAGACAUCAAAUGGGAUGAACACACCCAAAGACCUCAACUCUCGUAUCAAGAUCCUCGAGCUUUUCGUCCUACAUGUGCUACCUGCCAAUAACGAAUGGGAUUACGCUCGAUCAUUCAUUAGCAAUUCGGAUAUACUUGACGACGAAAGAAGAGAUGCCUUUAUGCAGACUUUGAACGAGCUGCAGGAAGCCAAAGAACAAGAGGAGGCAGAUAUGGCCGCUGAGCAAGAUCUGGUUGGCUUUGCGGAUGGAGCAGAAGACGAAGACGUUCAGGAUCACAACGGUCGUAUACAUAUGAAUGACGACGAAGGUGAAGUUGUACAAAAAUCCGUCAACGGAGACUCAAAACAACAGCACGAUAUCACCCAGCGCAAAUCCUCACACCAUCGCUCAAGCAGCGAAGUCGACUACGGGAUCGACGACGACCUCGUCAAAGCACGAAGUCCACAGCCCCCAUCUAUAACACAAUCAACAGCAGCCACCACAGCGACCUCGACAGUCACAGCCUCAGAUCGUCCAGCGUCCCCAACACUAUCCGCACCUCCACCCUCAAACGCAUCAGCAACAUCACGACCAAUCACCUCUCCCCAGCGCUCAUCCCAACCAGCACGCAAGCCCUCCUCAGCACCAGUACGCAAGAGCCCCAACACAAACAACAAAGCAAGUAACAGCAGAAGCACAAACACACCAACGAACCAGCUAACGAGAUUCUUCCGUGUGCUCACAAACAUCACGAGCACGAUAGCGACUUCUCUGACCAGGAAUCCGACUCAGGUAUUCAGGACACUGAUGUUCUUAUUUGCUUUUCUGGCGGUGCUGGCGCGGAAGGACGUUAGAGAUCGAUUGAGGAGGAUGAUUGGGACUAGUUGGGUGAAGUUGCGACAAACGGCUGGGAUGGGUGUUAAGGUGAGUUAUGUAUAG